UUUUAUAGAAGGUCGUUUGCCGCCAUGUUCCUUCUAACUGAUCAAUGUUUUUGGUAACUUGUGAAGUGUUGACUAUGGAUAGGUUAUUUCCUUCGCCAGUUAGAGAUUUACCAUGUGCUCUGGACGACAAGCGAUGUAUGGAUUAUGGGUGACGUGUGGAGGUCAUGUCCGACUUUAAUAAGAAUACGCCUGGUGACUUGGACAGAAAACUUGCUUCAAGAGAGCAGAGAACAACAAUGCGGGGAGGAGUCAGGCAGCCAGGCUAGAAAAGGCGCGCAGAUCUGCGGCUUGCGGCAGACCACGGAGCGGAUCCAGCUCAGAGACGUCCCUGCACCGAAGUCUCGUCAACCGCCGCCGGACCUGCGCACGACUCAGUCGGGAGGACCGACACUCGUCCGAGAAGCGCCCGUCGCACCGUCACCAGCACUGUCUGUACCCGACCCUCGUCAGGAAAGUCAAGCAACUGACAACUGUGAGCUACAUGAUGGGCCCACGAGUGGCGGUACCCGUGGGGCUGCUGGUUCUACUCGCUAUUGCUGCGGGCGGGACGGCUCAAGCCACAAAAGGUUUCACCGUGAGGGCACAGUCGUAUGGAUGGGAUGAUCCGGGUUUCCGGGAUGUCCCCUACAAUUCCAGAGACCUCACCUACAUUGUCGUUGGCGGACAGAAGAGCAACAUUGAUGAAGGCCUUAAGCGGGGGCAUCAGGUGUUCAUUUUGAAUGAGCAGACCGGACAAGUUGUAGACAAGGCUGCUUUCGACACCCAUGGCGACUCUGAGGCGGCGACAAAAAUGACAGCCUUUCUGGGCGGCGUUGCAGAGGGACGGAUCAUAGUUGUCGUUGUUCACGACAGCGGCGGCAGAAUCCCGGUCAAUCUAGCACCGUACGGGGCUACAAUUACUUAUCUAGGGCUCAGAGAGUCCUACGCCAUGAUUACCCAAAAGGGACCAAAGCCAUCUUGGUUCGUGGAGAAAAGGAGCGCUCGACGUGCUGGACCAACUAUUGUAGAGUCGUUUGUACCACCAGCCACAAAAGGUUUCACCGUGAGGGCACAGUCGUAUGCAUGGGAGGAUCCGGGUUUCCGGGAUGUCCCCUACAAUUCCAGAGAUCUCACCUACAUUGUCGUUGGCGGACAGAAGAGCAACAUUGAUGAAGGCCUUAAGCGAGGGCAUCAGGUGUUCAUUUUGAAUGAGCAGACCGGACAAGUUGUAGACAAGGCUGCUUUCGACACCUGGGUCCAUGGCGACGCUGAGGCGGCGAAAAAAAUGGCAACCUUUCUGGGAGGUGCUGCAGAGGGACGGAUCAUAGCUGUUGUUGUUCAUGACAGCGGCGACUUUACAGGAGGACUAUCCAGUGUAUUAGCACCAUACGGAUCUACAAUUACUUAUCUAGGGCGCAGAGAGUCCUACGCCAUGAUUACCCAGAAGGGACCAAAACCAUCUUGGUUCGUGGAGAAAAGGAGCGCUAAAGGUGCUGGACCAACUAUUGUAGAGGCGUUUAUACCACCAGCCGGGACACUUGAAGACCACGAAGUCGACAACGACAAAGACCGGGACGAGCUGUGAAUGCCUGCUGGCGAACCUCUUGAAUAAAAGUCUACUCGGCAUGGUUAGCUUACUCUUUCCUGGUAACUAUCGAGCCUGUACUUCUUGUACAGGGUUUUUUAAUAGGAUGCUAUAUUUUGCAACUCAUUCUCUGUGGUCUUUGUAAAAUCUAUGUUGAGUAGAUACUUGUUUCUUCCCAUCCUCCCUUAUAAAGUAUGGCAUCCUUAUGUUAUUAGAUAGGAAAGCUGACAGCAGAUGGAAACCUAGGACAAUUUGUAUGGAGAAACUAAUCAAGAAAACGUAGCAGCAUUAAGAAUAGAUUGAAAAACCAAUUCCAACAGUAUAUAGCACGCAAGGGAAUGUCGUACAUUGGUCAAGUUUCAGAUCAUGCGAAGGACCAAACAUACAAAAGGCCAUUUGUAACUCAAUAUGUCAGUAAUAUCUUAACAUUAGAUGCCAACAUGAUAAUAUCGAUGCAGUUUGUUAGGUGGAAAACUGUUGUCAGCUGAACAAAAACCCCCAAAAGGCAGGUGAAAGGAGCUUUACGGUACCAUUGCUGCAUCCACAGUGUGACAGUCAGGAGAGACAAAACCUCCGGGUUCUGUGGAGAAUGUUUUGCGAGGAUUAUGCAGUAAUUGUGUUUGACAUGGUGGCCACCAUAUCUGCAGUUUACAACCUUCAGAGUCAAAGGCAAUUACUGAUAUGAUAGGAGAAGAUGAGAUGAGGCAGUGAGGCUGGCUGUGAAACAUUGUGGGAUAGUGGUGUAUUACGAAAUAAUAGUGCAAAUUACUAGCAAGCCUAUAUAGUAAUAAUUGUGUUGACAUUUAGCUUUGUCAUCUUCUGAAUUAACAAAUUCUACUCUGUUCGAAGGCUCUAAAUGUAGGUUUCUAGUGUAUAAUCUUAUUUCUGUACUAGAUAUAACUUUUCAUCUUCCAGUAGAUUUUUAUUAGACGUUGCUGAUACUGAGGUUAUAAGGUCAGUGUUGUUAGUUUAUAAGACACCAGGGUGUUAGAAAUAUGAAGUGUGUGAGCAUAGCUUUACUGUUAAGUAAGAAUCAGUUAUAUUACUUGUAACCGACAAUUUAGUAUUUCUUUCGUAUAAACUAGACUCUUUUAUAGAGGUGCUGCGGAAUUUUGUGUUAUUGUGUUAUUAUGUAGAGGUGCUGCGGAAUUUUGUGUUAUUAUGUAGAGGUGCUGCAGAAUUUUGUGUCAAUAAUAAUUGUGAGAUUAACACAGAUAUCCCUAUGAGAAGAUAGAGAAGAGAUACCAUCAUGCACUAAACCCAGAGAAGUGAUGUCUUGUUUAACUCACAACUAGAACUGAUCGCUUAGUUACGUAUGUCCUUUUUGUGCAUUUGCUUUGAAACUUUUUAAUAUAAGAUGUGCAGUUUUGGUACCACA